CUUGCGCACGCCUGUGGCUGCUUCUGCCCGCCCGCGGCACGUGACGCGGGAGCUCCGAAAAAAAAGAGAGAGAGAGAGAGAGAAGGCAUCUUGGCGGGUGAGGGAGGCCGACGGGGCGCCGCGGGUGCGAGGAGCGACGGCGGGCGGCCGCAGCAGGAGGAAGAGGACGAGGCCACGGCGGCGGGAGCGCGGGCCGGUGGAAGGGGGGGGCCUUUGGGCCAUAACUGAGUGGCAGGACUUCUCGCCCCCCCACCUCAAAAAAAAAAUCAGGAUGCAGCCAAGGUUUUUGCUGAGCAGACGGAGAGGAAGAAGUCCCUCUUGACCUCCUUUUGGAAGAAGUUCUGCAGGAUGGAUGCCCUUCAAAUUCAGGAAGAGCAAAUAGGAAGAAACCUGUGUGGAAGGAAGUUAUCAGGAAUGCUACCUACCUGCCACUGGACUGGAUGAAUUGGCAUCUGAAGAAAGACAGGCCUGGAUUUUGGUUUGCCCGAAAACUGGAGCUCGUGUGUUCAGUGUCCUUUGAUUAUGUCAGUCCAUUCUGUGGGAAAUACUCUAAUGCACAGUACUGUAACCCAGGCUGACGUUUACAGCCAAGGUCACAUUGUAGGAAAUUCUAUAAAAGUUGCUCCCUUCAGAAAAUUGUUUCUGACCAUUUGCCUUCGCUCACUGCUUGAACCCGAGCCAGACUGCGUAGUGACCAUAACUUCAAGGGCUGGAAGUUAACCCCAAAAGGUGUUGCUAUGGGAUGAUUCUUUGUUUAAGAUAAAAACCCGAGACUCUUUGGUGACUUUUAAAGUUGGACUCUAACAGCGUUGACUUUGGUGUUCAGUUCUGAGAGCGUGCUGACUGUGAAUGCUCCCAUACAUACACCUGUGUGGCCUAAAGUGAUGGACACCAUGCCUUGAGAGUAGCUGCAACGAACGCAUAGCCAUGACGGAACCCCACCGGGUCCAACUCACCUCCUUGCCAGGCCCACUGAGUACCACUUUGCUGAAAAAACCUCGGUGGGAGGAUGUCGCCAACCCAGAGCAUCCUCCAGAAUCUGAACCUGCAGCUGCAGCCGUACGCAUCGCCCUCUCCCUUUUUGAGCCAGAUCACAAGCGCUGCCCGGAAUUCUUUUACCCAGAACUGCUGAAGAUGACGCGAGGCAAAACGAAAAGCAGUUCUGCAGGAGAAAAGAAAAAAGACUUUGCUGACCCCUUCAAUGAUGAAGAAAAGGAGAAGCACAAAGCAGAAGCCCUUACCAGGAAGUUUGAAGAGAAAUAUGGUGGGAAGAAGCGCCGGAAAGACCGUUUUCAGGAUUUGAUUGACAUGGGGCAAGGAUAUGACGAAUCAGAUUCUUUCAUUGAUAAUUCUGAAGCCUACGAUGAGCUUGUCCCAGCAUCUCUAACAACCAAGUAUGGAGGCUUCUACAUCAACUCUGGAACUCUGCAGUUCCGACAGGCUUCCGAGUCGGAGGAUGACUUUAUCAAGGAGAAAAAGAAGAAGUCUCCUAAGAAGCGGAAAUUGAAAGAGGGAGGUGAGAAGGUGAAGAAAAAGAAGAAAGAUGACAAUUACGAGAAAGAGAAGAAAUCUAAAAAAUCUAAAUUUCCUAAAACUGGUUUCACAGCUCUGAACGCCAGCAAAGAAAAGAAGAAGAAGAAAUACUCGGGGGCUUUGAGCGUCAAGGAGAUGCUAAAGAAAUUCCAGAGGGAAAAGGACGCCAAGAAGCAGAGGGACGAUGAACCCAAGCUGAGCAUUCCCUCUCUGUCUGAAAGCCCCGCUCAGCGGGAAGCAGAGAUCGUGCCCGACCCUCUUCUCUCUCUCUUCGGCCACGCGAGCGACAAUGAACUGCUCCAGGCGGCCACAGCCAUGGACUCCUUGACUGACCUGGACCUGGAACAGCUUCUGAGCGAAUCUCCAGAGGAGAGCCCUUUCCUGGAGAUGGAGAACGGGAGCGAUCCUCUAGGAGCGGGCCUGGAACCCGACCUGAAACAGCCUCCCCCCCUCCCUGAUGGCGUUCCGGAGCCACUGAUGAAGCGCGUUGAGGAGCUCACUCAGACUGCCAGAGCUGCAGAGAGGGAAGGCAAACACAAGUUCUUCAACCAAGACAUGAACAGCAUCCUCCUGGAUAUAGAGCUGCAAACGCGGGAGUUGAACAGCCAAAUGCGAUCGGGGGUCUAUGCCUAUCUGGCCGCCUUCUUGCCUUGCAACAAAGAUACCCUGGUCAAGCGGGCCCGGCGACUUUACCUGUAUGAACAGGGGGGUCGGCUGAAGGAGCCACUUCAGAAGCUGAAAGAGGCGAUUGGCAGAGCAAUGCCCGAGCAGAUGGUCAAAUACCAGGAAGAAUGCCAAGCACACACCCAGGCCAAGUUUGCCAAGAUGCUGGAAGAGGAGAAGGACAAGGAGCAAAGAGACCGGAUUUGUUCCGAGGAUGAGGACGAGGAUGAUAAAGGAGGAAAGAGGAUCAUGGGACCUCGGAAGAAGUUUCAGUGGAAUAACGAAAUCAGGGAUUUGCUUUGCCAAGGUGUGAAGAUCAAACUGGACGGGUAUGAUCUGGAGAAGAACAAAGCUCCGUCCAUGGAAGACUACGUAAAAACAUUCCUAGACACCGAAGUCAAACCUCUUUGGCCAAAGGGCUGGAUGCAGGCCAGAACAUUGUUCAAAGAGAGCAGAAAAGUGCACAGUCAUCUCACUUCAAUCCCAACCAAGAAAAAAGUGAUGGCUCCUCCAAAGGUAAAAGGAAAGGAGCCUUCUGGCAAAGUGGAGAAGAAGCUUCCCCUCCCCGUCCCGCUGAUCCACGCCAGCGGUGCAGUUUCUCUUUCUCCAGAUUCCCAGGGCGUGGUUGUCGGCCUCAGCCCUCAGACUAGGGAACUGUUGGCUAUGAGUUCAAAUCCAGUCACCAGCACCAUGGCUGCUCCUCCUCCUCCUCCUCCUUUCAGCCUGGACGAUUCUCUCGACGAGGACUUGAUCCAUCACACGACUUCCUCGUUGGAAGCGGUCUCCAAGGAACUGGCUGCGCUCAACAGCCGAACAGGAGGCAACAGCCCUGACUUCACCCUCUCUCCGGCUCCGAAGGCGCCUGCGGAGAAGCCCCCCAGUCAGAGCAGCUUGGAAGAGAAGAGGGUCUUCCCCAAAUCGGCUCCCGCCCCUGCUCACUCAGCUGCGGGGGGCUCCGUGCAGUCUCCACUCAACUUCUUGGCCGAACAGGCUUUGGCGCUAGGCCAGUCUCCCCAAGAGAAGAAAGCGGAGGGCCCCCCUUACAAGGAACUGCCUUGCCAGAGCCCUCCUUCCAAGCCCUUGGACGCCCACCAGGUGUCCAAGCCGAAACACCACAGCCUGCCCCGUGCGUUGCAGGGCCCUCAGACCUCAACUCCGGUGCAGACCCCCCAAGUAAAAGUGUUUCCCCUGGUUCCUCAGCAGCAGAAAAGCUUCCCCCCUUCCCCACCUUUUGUCAAGCUGCAGAACCCCAAGAUGGUCUCCCCGCUGGCUCAGCGCCCUCUCCUCCAGCCGCAAGCCAAGGCCCCCGCCAAGGCCCCCGGCUUCCAUUCUUCCUCUUCUUCUUCCUCCUCCUCCUCCUCUUCAACCAUCUCUCCCAAGACUCCCAACUCUUUGGUGUCUCUGAGUUUCGCCGGGAAGCACCCAAGCAGCCCUAGUUCCUCCGGGCAGUCUUUCAAGUCGCCCUUUGUGGCCCUGUCCAGGCACGUGGCUUCGACCGGAAGCGUAUCGUCUGGCGUUUCCUCCACUCAGAGCUCCCCUCCAGGCAGCGUCCUGCCGGGCGCCUGCGUCCCUUCCUCUGGGCCGGCUCCCAGUCGCUCGUCGCCCAGUUCCCUGGGGAAGAAAACCGUCGUCCCUCAAAAGCUGACUUUGGUGGCUCCGCCGGGGGGUCCCAACGUCAGCUCCAGCGGAGGAACGCAAGGGGUAGCCAAGUUGUUGACAUCUUCCCUGAAACCUGCCAUGAUCAGCAGCUCCACAUCCUCUACCUCUGGGCCGAAAGGAACCAGUGGAGCAGUCCUGCUGACCAGUUCGUCUUCCUUGAACGUCCUGUCUCCUUCCUACAAACCCAACAGCCCAAAGCUGCCCACAGCACUAAGCUCUACUCCACUGGGGAUUAUAUCGCCAAUCCAUUCCUUCCCCCUUCACGUGAUUUCCUACAGCUCUGACUCUUCCGCCAAGGCUGGGGUGUCAAAGGAUGUGAUCGUCACAGGGCCGGCCCCAGGAACAUUCCAUCACGGUGUUGGCCAUAGGAGACAGUCCAGGCUGCCCCUGCUAGCUCAUUCCUUGAGAACUGCACUUUCAAGUGAUGCCUUGACCUAUGGGAAGGGAACGGUUGCUGGGAUUUUGCCCCAUCCAAUGCCCUGCGCCCCUUCAGGUCUUCUGGCUGGAUUGUCCUCCAGCCUCCAUCAGGCAGUGCCGACUGCCCAUUUAUCCCACAGCUUACCAGAUAGUUCUCAGCUACACAGCAAAGGGCCCAAUGUGCAGCCGCGGAAAUUGUGACAAUUCUGAAGAAGAAGAAGAGAAAAAAAAAAAAUGCAACCAGCUCUGGGAAAAAGCCUGCAGAACGCAGCAAGGCAGCCCUCCCACGGCUUCCUUGCUCUUCCUUCUUCGGUGGGAUCGAUCUGUAGGUUCCCCCUCUUCCCCUUAUCCCAGUUUGGACUAAGAUUCUUCCCGGGGUGGGGCGGGGGGUCUGAGACGGAUGCUGAAAAAGGAAGCAUUUCGCAGGCCCAACGUUCACUUCAGCUCCUCCAGGGUCCAGAUCAGGGGGAGGCGAGAUCCUUAACAGAUCUCCAGAAGCCAGGUCCUUCUGUUCCUGCCAGGUGCCUCUUAAUUCUGCAACGGAUUCUGGGAAGGCCCUCGCUUCUGCUUGCGGAAAUACCGGCUGAGAGUGAAUCUGUGGGGUGGGUUUCUCCUCCCCGAUGGCCCCUUUCAUAAAGCUUUGCUGGUCCUUCCCUGGAAGAUCUAUCCUUCUCUGUGGCAGCUCGCCGGUCCCCUCAGAAGGAAGUCAAGACUUGAGGGGCCUCAAGAUGCACUCAUGGACCUUCCCUUUCCUCAAUACGCUCAGUUUUCCUUCCCCCCCCCCCUUCUCUCCACUGAACACAUCGGACGGGACUAAGCCCCCCUUUCUCCCCCCCCCAAUGGGUCAAUGUGUAUAACGAAGCUGUCAUUUCAGUGCCUUUUGAUGGUGGAGCCAGAAUGCAAGCUAUCCCGAGCUCUCCAGAGCUUUUUAACGUUCUCCUUUUUUAAACAUCCUCCUCUCUUAUUUAAGACGCACCGGGAUUUAUUUAAGGGGACUUUGGGAGGUGGGGUGAGUGUGUGUGUGUGUGGGGUGGGUGGGGGUGGGUUGUGGCCCGUCGUCAUCCCCAUUUUAACUGCGCUCGCUGGUGAAUGCCAAACUGGCACCUGGCACGGGCAUUCCUCAGAAAGCUGGCGGUUCUUUGCCAGAGUUCUCUCGAGCAUUUCGCAGAUAAGAGCCAAGGCAGGGACGUCUUCCUUUGCUGUGAGAUCUGUCACAGUUCAAGCAUCCAGUGACCUGAUGUGGCGGCACGUUUGCUCACAGGGAGUUGCCUGUUGCCUGGAGCAGCCAGAAGAGCUUUUCGUACGCUCUGAACGGAAGGGAGACGCUGCAAAUCCAUUUCAGGACUUAAAGAGUAGACUCCCCCCCCCUUCUUUCUUAAGCUGCUUAGUUGCAACUCUUUUGACUGGCUGGGGACGCUUGGAAAACCAACCAGGGCUGCCAGUUGCCCUGCCUUGGUUAUGCUUUGGUGCUGUGCUAAAGGUUUGGGGGCAGAUCCUCCUAAUCUUGACGCAGCAUCUGGCCUGGAGGUUACUUUGGAGUAAAGGCGAGGACCCAAAUUUUUGUUUUGGCUUGGCCUUGUCGCUGUCCGAUUCUCCAAACCGCUGCACUUUCUGGAGAAACAAAUGUUUUGCAAGAGGAGAAAAGGCAUCAAUUAUCCCAUUUUUUUGGGGGGGAGAGCAAAAACAGGCUUGAGUAGUCAGUACAAGGCACAUAAAACUAGUAGGGUGGUUAGUUGUUGCUCUUUAGCCAGAAUUGCAAGGUUUUUUUUUGUUUGGUUGGUUGUUUUUUUUGCAAACUCCCAAACUCAACUUGAAAGCUUGUCAGCCCAACUUGAGGUCUAUUUGCGGCCAGUUUUUUUCUCGCAGGAUCUUCUUCCAUCUUUAACCCGAAUUUACUGAUUCUUCCACUCAAACAAGAGGAAGCACUUGAUCUAUCAAUUAGUUGAACCCAUUUAAAAAAAAAAAAGCACCACGAGUUCUGUUUAAUUUGAGACACGUACCCCUUCAGUUUAGAAAAACGGGUUCUUUUCUUUGAGCUAUUUUAGGAUUCUUGGUUAACCUGUGCAAAAUGGUUUCAAGUCUUUUGCAUUUGUUGUUCCCUCUUUUCCCAAAAGUUACUUUGGGCCUCACUGGCCACAGUUAGUUCUGUUUAAAAAGUUGCAGCAGAAGAGCCAAAGACUGCAUGCAUUUUUAAGGUUGCCCAUUUUUUGAAGCGCAUUUUUUCCCCCUUUUAAGUACAUGGAUUUUGGUUGGGGGGGGGGCUUGUUUUUCCGUCAGCUCAGUCCUACUCUCUGUUAGUUACCUCUCAAAAAGCUGCUUUUAUCAGUCAUAGGAAGAAGUGUUUGGCACUUGGCAGAAUUUGGGCCUUGCAUGAGCCAUUACGCCUCCCCCUCCUCACUCUUCUCCCCAAAGCUUUUGGUCGCUACGUGUACUGGUGCCCGCCAUAGCUGGAGCAGAACCCCUUGUCUGUUUUUUUUUUUAAAAAAGGAAAUGUUCACAAAGCCUCUUGCCUCAGGGAAACGUUAUGUGGUGGAACUUCUGCCCAAUCUCUCCCCUUCCUGCUUUCUUCCCUUCCCCCUUUCCUUUGUGUUUUUAAGAAGUAGAACUUAAAAAGCAAGCCAUGGCAGGGCAAGAUCGAAGAGCGGUGGGCGAGCAAGCGGGUGGGCAGUGCAACGGUGGCACCCGGAGCUGCUGCCCGCCGAGGAGCGUUGUCUACCUUGGCUUCAACUAAUUGGGGGAGAUUUUGUUUACGGUGGGCGUAAGCACCACCAGAUGGCACUUAAAAA